AUGAGGACGACAACAUUCAUUACCGCUGCCGUGGGAAUAUUAUCAACAUGUACAGAUGCAAUACAAUUACAGAAGCGAACCGAUGGACCAGCACGAGUAGUUGGACUGGAUGUAGUACGAAAACAAGUGGAAAAUCCCUUAGCAAGAGAUAAAUUAAGGAAAUUAAGGAGGAGGUCGAACACUGUUACUGCUACUUUAGAUAAUGAGGAAACUUUAUAUUUCGCCAAUGGAACAUUAGGUACACCAGCACAGAGUUUACGGUUACAUAUCGACACAGGAAGCAGUGAUUUAUGGGUUAAUACUGCUAGCUCAACAUUAUGUAGUAAAAAGACAAACCCUUGUCAGCUGGCUGGAACAUAUACGGCCAACUCAUCUUCUACAUACGCAUAUGUGGCCAGCGAUUUUAAUAUUUCUUACGUUGAUGGAUCUGGAGCAUCGGGUGAUUAUGUCACUGAUACAUUUACGAUUGGAUCAACCACGUUGGACAAAUUACAAUUUGGUAUUGGAUAUACCAGUUCUUCGCCUGAAGGUAUCCUAGGAAUCGGUUAUGAGAUUAACGAGGUUCAGGUGGGAAGAGCGGGAAAGAAGGCAUAUAAUAACUUACCAGCACAAAUGGUUGCCGAUGGUUUGAUCAAUUCAAAUGCUUACUCCUUAUGGCUUAACGAUUUGGAUGCCAGCACUGGAAGCAUUUUAUUCGGUGGUGUCGAUACUGCUCAAUAUCACGGGAAAUUGGAAACCCUCCCGGUCGAAAAAGAAUCCGGGUAUUACGCCGAAUUUCUCAUCACCUUAACCGAGAUCAUGCUAGGCGAUACCGUCAUCGCCCAGGACCAAGCUCUCGCCGUGCUCCUCGAUUCCGGAAGUUCCCUCACCUACCUCCCCGACGCCAUGGCCGAAGCCAUCUACGAACAAGUCGACGCCCAAUACGAUGCCAGCGAAGGCGCUGCCUACGUCCCCUGCUCCCUCGCUUCCAACACCAGCGCUUUAAACUUCACCUUCACAUCCCCCACCAUCCAAGUCACCAUGGACGAACUCGUCAUUCCUGUCACCAGCACCACGGGCCAACAAUUACAGUUCACCGACGGCACCGCAGCCUGUCUCUUUGGUAUCGCUCCCGCAGGUGACAGUACCUCGGUUUUGGGAGAUACCUUUAUCCGCUCCGCAUACAUCGUCUACGAUCUCGACAACAAUGAAAUUUCUCUCGCUCAAACAAAUUUCAAUGCUACCAGUACAAGCGUGGUGGAAAUCACCACGGGCACCACGGCAGUUCCAGACGCAACAUUGGUUGCGAACGCAGCAACAGCUAGUUCGGGUUCGUCGGGUGGCGAGAUCAGCGGAUCGGUCACUUUGAGCUCGGGUUCAAAGUCGAAAAAUGCAGGCGCCAUGCAGACGCCGCCGCCGUUGGCAUAUGGUAUGGCUGCAUUGGGCGCGGGAUUGUAUUAUGCCAUGUAG